AUUCCAAAUGUUUUCAGAGUUAAUGGGUCGACACCUAUUCAAAUAGUUGUUUACAUGCAAUGUUGCUAAAAUUGAGAAUCGUAUGUUACGACUCAUGUUUUGUUGUAAACAACGUAUUUAAUUUAAGAUCUGGACGCAACUGAUCAACAUGGAAAAGAAGAAUAACUUCACUGUGCAAACCAUUGCAAUAGCCUUUGCUUUGGUGGUUGCUGUCUUGUCUUUUGUAUGCUCAAUUGUAGUAUACUACGAAACACAAAAACAAAAUGGUGGGCCAGUCGAACUGGAUGCUAAAAUAGCCAAAUUGAAUAACGAACUGUACCAAGUGAAAUAUGAUCUCGUUCAAGUAACCGGUGAGCUUAUUCAGGUCAAACAUGAACUUGGCAAAGUCAAAGAAGAGUUCUUUCAACAACAAAACGAAUCUAGAAAUGAAGUUUUUAACGUGAAUGUCGAAUGUCUGAAAGUAAAGAAUGAUCAAAAAGAGGCGCAGUUACGUAUUGGUGAACUGGAAACACAAAUGCAGUAUUUGACAAGCGCCAAAGAUCAGAAUGAUGAAAACACGUAUUUUAACGCAACACUGCUGAACAGAAUAAAACGACAAACGUCAGCAGCAGUUGCAGGCUGCAAUUGCAAUGGGCGUGAUGGUAGAGAUGGAUUAGUUGGACCACAAGGGCCACCCGGCCCAGAAGGCAAACCAGGUCCCCAGGGUUGCAAUUGUAAUGGCCGUGAUGGUAGAGAUGGAUUAGUUGGACCACAAGGGCCACCCGGCCCAGAAGGCAAACCAGGUCCCCAGGGUUGCAAUUGUAAUGGUCGUGAUGGUAGAGAUGGAUUAGUUGGACCACAAGGGCCACCCGGCCCAGAAGGCAAACCAGGUCCCCAAGGUACCCCGGGGGCAAAAGGUACACCUGGAGUUCAGGGAGCUGCUGGCAGAGAUGGUAGGGAUGGUGUAAUUGGACAGGGCUUAUCCAUUAGUGAUAUGAGUAACUUACUUGAACAGCUACAUAUUGCUGCACCAUACAGUAACAAAUCCACUGGUGCGCAGGGUCCCCCUGGUCCCCGAGGCCCAAGAGGUUUAGCAGGUGGCGCUGUUUAUACAAGAUGGGGGAGAACCACAUGCCCAAGUGGUGUUGAGAAAGUGUAUUCAGGUAUCAUCGGAAAAUCACAUUAUACUUCCACGGGAUCAGGAGGUAACUAUCUGUGUCUACCUAAGGAACCUGAAUGGGGAUACACUAUGGCUGGUGCACAGUCAAAUACUCAUAUCUAUGGAGUAGAGUAUGAGCUUCCCUAUGCAAACAAUCCGUUUCUUACUGACAACUUCCCCGACCCUACACAACCGGCUAGUUGGCUUCAUAACCAUGAUGCAGUAUGUGCUGUUUGUAGAGUCCCCGAGAGGAGCAGCCAUUUUAUGCUCCCUGCAAUGAAAUCGUGCCCUGAUUCUUGGACUAAGGAAUACAGUGGAUACUUAAUGAGUGAACGUAACUCCCAUCAAAAGUCUGAAUUUAUUUGCGUUGAUGAAGCUCCCGAAGCUGAUGAAGGAGGUCAUGAAAACAAAGAUGGGGGUCUUCUGUAUGUGGUAGAAGCCAUUUGCGGUGCUCUCCCUUGUCCGAAAUAUAUCAAUGGAUAUGAACUCACGUGUGCUGUAUGCACGAAGUAA